GCCCUCUCGGGUAAACAAGCGGCAUACAAAGAACUUAAAAAAAGGCUAUACGGGAAAUCCGCACGAUAUUUUCACUCGUGGAGUUUCACUCUCUUCACCCACCUGCAGUUCCCGAAAUUUUAUAUUCCCAGCCUUAAAUGUAAUAUACCUAUCAGCUUCAGCAGUUGGCCUGGGUGAGCGAGGAUCCAUCGCAGGCACCUUACUUAGUGAGAAAGUGGUGACCAGAGGUGGCAAUCGGUCGGAUGCGCUGGUGAGAAUGCUCGCGCGCAUCCUCAUUGUGUGGAAGACAUCCCCUUCCAGAAGCAAACUCGCUACUUUAUUCGCUAAGCCUUUUUUCUUUAAUGCAUGAAACCAACCUUGCAAAGUACGCGCCCCAUCUGUUCCCUGAAAUGCGACUCGGCAAGGCCCCUAAAACCCCCAUGCCGAUGUCCUUCCUCGAACGCCGAUUGGCCAUUAAGCAUAGGACUAGUCCUUGGUCACACAGACUCUGUUUAUUUUAGAGUGGCUAUACGCGUCAGAUGGCGUAUAAAAAGGGUCGUUCGCCCACCCUCCCUAGGCAUCCAUCAAUCCUCAACAGCAACAUCUUCUCAAGCAACCUCAAUCACCCUCGCUCGCAGCCUUCUAAAAACACUUCACCCACCACCUGGAAAAAAAAAUCUCCCUCACCCAAAUCCCACCAUGUACAAGUCUCUCGCCCUCCUCGUUGUCCUUGCUGCCUCCCUCGCGAGCACCGAGGCCGGUUACAGCGACAACUGCCACGGCAGUGGCCUGUGCAACAAGGGCAUGGGAGACCUCUGCACCGGCGCCUUCAACCGCUUCACCGAUACCACCGUCUACAACGCUUUUACCUCCCGUGUCAACGGAAAAUGCACUGCCAUCUACCGAUGCGACGGCGAUUACCCCAAUUUGACCGGUGCACAGAUCAAGUCGCUCUUCCAGCCGAUCUAUGGGGGUCAGGGAUGCAAGGGAUGCGGUAGCCAUGCCUUCAAUGGUGGUGCGUGUGAGGUCACGCUGAACUACUGCGCGAACUGCCUCGACAGCGGCAUUCCUAACUAAACAACAAAAAAAAAAGAAGUGGUGGUGUUCGGGUUUCCUGUAUGUGCCUGAACUAUGACCCCUUUUGACUACUACAAUAAAAUGAUUGAAAAAAAAGGCGCAUUGUAUUGGUCCUCUGCUAAAAAAAAAA